AUGCAGCCUGCUGGCUUCAUAGACACCUCCGUACGCCUCACGCCCUGCCUCUUCUUUACAGGGAGUUCGAACUGGUCCGCUCUGGAGGCUGCCGAUAGUGUGGAUGUUGCGGUUGAGUGCAAGGAAUUCCUCGCGAGCGAAAGCCCGGACAUCAUCCUCAUGUAA